AUGGAAGGUGGUGCAGUCAAAGUUGUUGUGACAGGAGCAGCAGGACAAAUAGGGUACUCAAUUCUCCCAAUGAUCUGUUCAGGUCAUAUGCUUGGUGCUAAUACCCACAUUGAUCUUGGUCUUCUCAUAAAUAAAAUGGAAUUCGGCUCGAGUGAAAUUAGCUCCGCUAAUUUUCUCUCCAUCAAGCAAUUUUAUUUUGGGAUUAGGUUUUCUUUAGGGAACUUCUGUGCAGCAAUAGCAGUUGUACUUUGGCGUAUAAGCCAGGGCGCUGCUCCAAGUACAUCAAGAGACUUGAAGUUUUACCUCUCAGCACACCCGAGGAAGGUGACCCUUAGGCGGAAAAAGCGCAGGAGCUGAGUCGAGGAAGGCAAGGCAAGGCAACCCGUCGAAGCCGGAACGCUUUAUUUGUCCGUGCCUUGGCGCAACGAAACUGAUCGAUCCAGAGGCCUGUGGGCCCGAUACGUAUACAAAUAUGGUGGCAGCUCUGGAAACGGCUACCCCGUAGUGGACGUUAAACGUUAUAGACUAAUAAUGAUAAUGAUCUUGGUCUUCUCGAUAUUCCUCAAUGCGAAGAAGCCCUUAGAGGAGUUGUCAUGGAGCUUCAAGACUGCUCAUACCCUCUGAUUACUCAAAUCAGACAUGGCUCAGACCCACGUGAAAUCUUACGUGAUGCUGACAUCAUCAUCUUCUUACUCUUUCUUUUGAUAAAUAUCAGAAAAAAUAGUUGCAAAAUAAAUAUUAUUUUUGAUUUUAAGAUUUAUGUCCAUAAAUAAUAAUACAGAGCAUUAAAUUUAUUUUUUUUAAAAUUAUUUAUCAAAAUAAAUUUAAAUAAAAAUUUUUAUUAAAAAAUAACUUGCUCAAGAGGAUUUAGGAGGAUUCCCAAGAAAAGCAGGGAUGGAAAGAAAAGAACUUCUCCAAAGAAACUGCAACAUUUUCAAAGAACAAGGUGCAGCUCUCAAUGAAGUCGGAAAGCAAACCACUCUUUGCUUAGUUGUCGCAAACCCAGCAAACACCAACUGCUUAAUCUUGUCUCACUUCGCUCCAAAUAUUCCUCGCAAGAACUUCUCAGCCAUGACAAGACUCGAUCAUAACAGAUCAAUGCACCAAAUUGCAGCUAGAGCUGGAGUCCACAGCAGCGCUGUCAAAAAUGUAAUUAUUUGGGGAAAUCACAGCUCAACUCAAUACCCAGAUGUUAACCACGGAACAGUCAAUGGACAUCCAAUUAAGCAAACUCUUAAUGAUGACGCAUGGCUUCAUGGAGAAUUUAUCACUACAGUCCAAAGAAGAGGAGCUGCCAUUAUUGAAGCUAGAAAAUUAUACCAAAUAUUAUUAAAUUUUCCUAAAAAAUCACAUAUAAUUUUUUUUUUGAAAUUUAUUUAAAAUUUGUAUAUCUAGCGCUAUGAGUGCUGCAAAGGCUGCAGUUGAUCAUGUCAGAACCUGGGUCCAAGGCACACCAGAAGGCGAACACGUGUCAAUGGCUGUUCUCAGCGACGGUUCCUAUGGAAUUGAUGAAGGACUUUGCUACUCAUACCCAGUUACCUGUGCUAAUAAAGAGUGGCACGUUGUCCAAGGCUUACAUAUUGACGAAUUCUCUAGAGAGAAGAUGGAACUCACUAAGAGAGAACUUAUUGAAGAAAGAGACGAAGCUCUUACUCCCCCCCCCCUCCGUGAGCGAACAAAACCAUUAGAAAAAUCGCCAUUUUUUGACCCAAAAACCCACCCUCCGUGAGUGAACAAAAAUUUUUUUUAUAGAAAAAAUUUUAAUGGAAAAAAAUUUUGAUAUAUAAGUGAUAAUUAGUAUAAUGAAAUCUAGAGCUAAUUCUGUUUAAUUUUAAACAAAUUGCGUUUUAAAACAUAAAUUUUGCAAAUUAAAUUAAUAUUUGCUUCCCAAUUUUUGCAAAUUAGGAUUUUUUUAAAUUUCGAAAAAAAUAUUUUUUAUAAAAUUUAUAUAUAAAUUUUUUUUAAAAAAAAAAAAUUUAACCCCCCUCCGUGAGCGAACAAAAAAUUUUUUUGUUCGCUCACGGAGGGGGGGGGGGGAGUUAGUUAA